AAAAUUGGCCUUUCGCCGCUCACUUACAUGUCAGCUUUUUGAAGCCCAUCACGUUAAUAAUAAAAACUGAAGAGUGGACCUACCUAAGCGUAAUCUGUGAUAUCUGAUUGUAAACAAUUAAUAAUUAUAAACAAUUCUCCUACGUAAAAUAUCUUUUAUAAUUUAAAUAAUUUGUACGGUACAAUCAGUUUUUAUUUUAUGUUAAAUUAUACCUUGUGAACAGAAGUAUGGGUAAUGAUAAUGUAAUUAUAAUAUACAAUAUACAAUACAACCUAUUUUAAUGAUAAUCAGAAAUCACUAACCUUGACUACAAUUCUCUUAAUAAUUGUAAAGUAGUAUGGCCAGUGGUUCAAACUCAAUAACUAUUCCUCCUUGUAGUGAAAUGGAUAGGAAAAAAUCUCCUCAAUUGAGUUUUAAAAGAAGAACAACCGUUGCAAAUUCAGAUUCGGAUGUGAGUGUAGAUAGUAAUACACCAUCAGUAGAAUCAAAGGAAGAUGGAAUAAUUUACCAAAAACGAAAGCUUGAAAGAGAACCUGGACUAAAAAAAGUAUUACGCCGAGGUACAGAAUGGGAAAUUGUGGAAGGUUUAAAAGAUGGUCAGAGGUAUGAAAAAAAACCAGAAAUUUGCAGAGGAUAUUUAUAUAAAAAACGUAAAUGGCCAUUGAAAGGAUGGCACAAGCGCUAUUUUGUGCUGGACAAAGGGAUUUUAAAGUAUGGUAAAAGUCCUUUAGAUAUGUCUAAAGGUAAAAUUCAUGGCCAAGUUGAUAUUGGUUUGUCUGUUAUUUCUACUAAGUAUCAACGCAAACGACUUGAUAUUGACGCAGAAGAAUUUAUAUAUCAUUUAAAAGCUAAAACUUAUGAAGCAUUUUCUGAUUGGGUAAAAGAAAUAAAACACCAUCGAUUAUACAGACAACACAUACUAACAUAUGGAUUUAGCAAACAACCUCCUACUCAACAACCUACUGCAGUAAAUGCUUGUUCAUCUACUACUCAACUAAAUGGAUGGUGUUCAAAUUUAGUAGACUCUGCCACUUCAGAAUUAAAGCAUGUUGAACAAAAUAUGAAAUCUUUGAAUCGAAUUCUUGAUCAAUUGGAAUCUGUUGAAAAUGAUGUUAGUGGUAUUGAUGGUGUGACAACUACUAAAAAAAGUACCAGAUUUCGACUUCGCAAAAAAAAGAGUGGAGGUGGUAGUUGGGGUGGUACUAUAGCAGGAUGGGGCUUAGAUAUGAAUCAAUCUAGUCAACCAUCAAGCAAAACCCCAAUUGACCUGAUAGAUUCAUCAGUCACUCAAUCUGGAAUUCCUUCACACAAUUUAUCAAACAGUAAUCCUUCACUUAUAAUUAAUUCAUCGCCUAGUGAUCUUCAGCUUUAUGCUGAUUUUGUAAUCUUAGCAAAAGAUAUACAAAAUAGUUUCAAAUCUAUUAUGGGUACUAUAACUGAAGAGCGUAAUCACUUGUUGAUUGGCGACUUACGUGAUGAUAAUUUGACAAACUACAGAUCAGCAUUAAACAGAGCCAUUAAACAAAAUAGUGAAUUACGGGCUAAAUUGAAUAGUAUACAUACUGCAUCAGAUAUAUCAACUUUCUCUGAUCCUGUAUUAAGUUCAUCUUUAUCAUAUAGUUCUGGUGUUAGUGGUUCGGAAGUUUUUUUUGAUGCUGAAGAAUAUAUAGGGGGUAAAAUCACAAGAUGUGAGGAAGAUUUAUCCAAUAAGUUGCCAUCAAACGAUGUUGUUGCCCAAACUUCAGAUACAUCUUCAGAAGCAGGAUCAUUAUCUUCAGAAGAUGGUUCAAUAUCUUCUGAAAAUAGUGAUGGGGCAACAUCUGAGUAUAAUAAUCAACAAGGAAUCCUAGAUUGUGAAGGUGUUAUUAGGAAUAUGACAGGACGAAGAACUAAACUUCCAUGUCCAAAACCCGAUACUGAAGGACUAUCUUUAUGGAAUCUCCUUUGCAAAAAUAUUGGUAAAGAUUUAUCUCAAGUUUCCAUGCCAGUUGCCUUAAACGAGCCACUCAACAUGUUACAACGUAUGUGUGAAGAACUAGAAUACAGUGAACUUUUAGAUAAAGCUUCUGAACAAAGUGAUGUCUAUGAACGUAUGGUUUAUGUUGCUGCUUUUGCAGUGUCGAGCUACGGUUCAAGCUACUAUAGAGCUGGUUCAAAACCUUUUAAUCCACUUUUAGGAGAAACAUAUGAGUGUAUAAGAGAUGACAAAGGCUUCAAAUUUGUCGCAGAACAAGUGAGCCAUCAUCCGCCUAUUAGUGUAUGUCAUGCUGAAUCAAAAAAUUUCAUAUUUUGGCAAGAUGUCAGAAUCAAAACAAAGUUUUGGGGAAAAUCAAUGGAAUUUCAACCAACAGGGUAUGUCAACGUGCAAUUGAUAUGUAAUGACAGCAGUGAUCAUUAUAGAUGGAAUAAAGUAACAACUUGUGUACAUAAUUUAUUUGGUGGUCAGCGAUCUGUUGAUCAAUAUGGAGAGUUAAAAAUUAUCAAUUUGGAUAAGAAUAUAUCGUGUAAAUUAACUUUUGUAAAGGCAAGCUAUUUCUCAGCAAAACGCCACGAAAUACAUGGUGUCAUAGUAGAUGACAAUGAGGGUAAAGUUGUCCGUAAGUUAUUUGGCAAGUGGAAUGAAGCCCUAUAUUGUGGAGUUGCUCCUUCGGCUAAAUGUAUUUGGCGACCAGGUACAAUGCCAGAAGAUUAUGAACUGUAUUAUGGAUUUACAAGAUUUGCAAUGGAGUUAAAUGAAUUAGAUUCAGAAUUAGCUAAAUAUUUACCUAAAACAGAUACCAGAUUUCGACCUGAUCAGAGAUUGUUAGAAGAAGGUGAUUUAAAUCGUGCAGAAUCCAUGAAGCUUAAUUUAGAGCAAAUGCAACGUGAACGAAGAAAACGAAAAGAGGAAUCAGGAGAACAGUAUAAUCCUAAAUGGUUUAGAAGAACUAUUAAAAAUGGUGUUGAAACAUGGGAAUACAAUCAUCAAUACUGGGAAAUACGUAGAAAUCCCAGUUUUGCAAAUUAUUUAGUGGAAAAACUGUGGGAUGUUAAAGUUAUAUUUUAUUAAGCAAAUAAAUUAAUGAACAAACAAUAAGAAUCAAAUGGUUUGAAAUAAAACCAAUCAGUUAAUCUAGUCAAUAUUUUGUCUAUAUCUUUAUUCUUUAUAAAUUAUAAUUCUUUCAGUUAUAAGACAUAUUUUUUUUGUUUGAUCAUUUUGAAAGUAAUUUUGUUAAAACUUUUGAGUUGUCUAAAUUUUCAAAAAUAAAAGUAUAUUAUUCAUUGUAUUAAAAAAUUCAAAUCAAGCAAGGACUAUAAACAAAAUUCAUUAAAAACAUGCAUACAUUUCUUAUAAACUAUUAUAGAAAAAAAUAAUCAGUGAUUAAAAAUUAAUAUUGAUCUUCUUUUUUUUCAAAUAAAGUAUAACCAUUUGUAAUGAAUUUUUAUACAAUAAUACUUAGUGAAAAAUACUCAUUCAUGUUGAUACUUUUUUUGUUUCUUGUAUUUAAUUACUUAUUCACCAUUGAAUGGCUUGAAAUUAUCAAACUAUCCU